GACAGACAGACAGGCAGCCAGACGAGAGACGCCCCCGCAUAGUUUCCGUCAGCCCGGUGACGUCUCCGCCUCUCAGCCCGUGUGCAGCGUGACGUCGCUCGGCUGUAGUGGAGCCUCUCGCUGCGUCUUGUUGACGGUCCUCUAGGCUCAGUACGGAGAAGAGCCCGGGAGAGAGAGGACGACACACGCCGAGACUCAGCCUCAGCGUCCAGGAAACGGAUCAGAGCUCGUCAAACUUCAGUCAACAACAUGCAUGUGUCUCACAACCAGAAGAUUUGUGUCAUUUGAAAAGACUUAGGAGGGAGGAAAAACACUCUGAGGAAUACAAGAACUCAGUCAGCUGACAGAAACAACAGUAACCCAGUGCUUAGACAUGGCCAGCACCCAGACCAGUUUGAAAACCCCCUUCAAAGACUUGACCUCAUUCAAGGGCAACAUGAAACGGCUGUACAGAGAGCGGCUGGAAGACGCACCCAUAAAGAAGCGACUAAUGGCGGAGAUCAACCUGAAGCGUCGCAGCACGGAUUCCCUCCCCAAAACUCCCAAAGUGAAGAGGGAGCAGACCGAGGAUCUGUGCCACGACCCUGACAUGGAUUUCGCGGGCCAGGCUGAAUUGCAUGUGGCAGGCUCUGCUAAAGCCCUGGACCUGAGCCCUGGGCUCAAACACACACUAGCCCAGUUCACCCUCAGCAGCCAAAGCUCCCUCGGGGGCCCAGCUGCCUUCUCAGCCCGUACCGGCCAGGAGCAUUCCCAAGCCGGUAUGCCCUCCCCUCCUGUCUUGGGAGGGGGCCCUCUGCUGGUUCCCUGUGACAGCUCCACUGAACUCACCCACUCGCUGCUGGAAGGGGAGUCCAUCUCCUGCUUCGUUGUCGGGGGAGAGAAGCGUCUCUGCCUGCCCCAGGUGCUCAACUCUGUGCUCCGCGACUUCUCGCUGCAGCAGAUCAACACUGUGUGCGAUGAGCUCUACGUCUAUUGCUCACGCUGCGAUGCUGAGCAGCUGCACAUCCUUAAAGUGUUGGGCAUUCUGCCGUUCAACGCACCUUCAUGUGGCCUCAUUACACUGACGGAUGCACAACGGUUGUGCAACGCUUUGCUGCGCCCUGGAGCGGCUUUGCCUGCCGACCCCAGUGGUAAGCUGUCGGCCCAGGGCCUGCUGAAGGAGAGUGAAGCCAGCUUCCAGGUGGAGCACCAAUGUCUGGGGAAGUGCCAGGGUCUCUUUGUGCCCCAGUUCUACACCCAGCCAGAGGCGCCCUGCAUCCAGUGUGUUGAGUGCCAGUUGCUCUUUUCCCCGCAGAAGUUUGUCAUGCAUUCACACAAGUCACCUGAUAAGAGGACCUGCCACUGGGGCUUUGAUUCAGCCAAGUGGCCCUGCUACCUACAACUUGCCAGGAAGUACGAGGGAACGCCCGAGGAACCCAGGCUCCAGCAGCUCCUUGAUGAGGUCAAAGAGAAGUUCCACUACCAGCUCAAGAGGUCAAUAGACAAAAAGGCUGUGGAGGAGGAGGAGAGCCAGGUGAGGAAAUCCUCAGCAGACCUGUGCUCACCCAGUGGCAAGAUGGCCAAUACCUACCCUGCGAGAAAGGGAAAAACAUCUCCACCUGCUUUGGUCUUCAACCGUCUUUUUUCGGACAUUAAGGAGGAACCAGAACACCCCACCCUGGUCCAUCCCAGUUACUACCUGUACACAUAUGAUAAGAUGGUGGCUCCCAACAUGUCUCUGCAGCAUGAGGCGGAGAUGAGCCAGGAGAUGCUUGGAGCGCUGUUGAAACACCACUACAGCCGCAGAGUGCUGGGCCACGACGAGCCACCCAUGGAUCUUCACGCGUCGCCCCCUGUGGCUGCUGGCGCCGAGGAGGCCAAAUCCCAACAUGCCGCUGCUGCCUCGGCCACCGAGCGGGAAUGCCAGGCCCAGGCAGUUUCCAUGGAGACAAGCAGCCCGAGCUGCAAGAAAGCCUCCCACACCCCCGCCCACACCCCUCCUCCUCAUCCUCCUCCUCCUCCUGCGUCGUUGUUGACGGCGGUAUCGGAAGUAGUGGCUAAAGACACAGGCCCUGCCACAAGCGGCGCUGCAGUGGUGGUGGGGGGGCUGGAGGACGACAAGGACAGGAUUGUUGUGGAGAUCAUGCAGAUGUACAGCAGGCAGCAGGACAAGCUGAACUCCACCCUGCACAAGCAGCUGCAGCUGGAAUUGGAGCUGGAGGCGGUACGCGGGGGCGAGGCAGCGAGGUUACGGGAGCUGAGCGCCGAGCAGCGGGAGCUUCGCAGCGAGCUGGAGGCGGUGCACAGUGAGCAGGCGCGGCAGCUCAACCAGGCCCGCCAGGAGCAGCUGGAGCUGGAGACCCGUCUGGAGCAGCUCCGACAGCAGGCCUGCGCCUGCGAAAUGGGGGUACAGCGCCAACAAGAGGCCCACUACACCACACAGUUGUCGGAGCUUCGUCAGAGGCUGGAGCGGGCGGAGGCGGAUCGCCUGGAGCUGCAGGAGGAGCUGCGCCGGGAGCGGGAGGCUCGGGAGAAGCUGGAGCGCACGAUCGCCCAACUCAGGCAGCAGAUGGCCCGGUCUGGCACUGUGGGAGGCAGCCCCUCUCCUCCUCUCACCCCUUCCACCGGACCCCCUAGCGCCCACUCCCCGCCCUCCUCCUCUUCUUCCUCCAUCUCGGAGGCCCCAGCGUCUGGCCAAAACUAACUGCCACCCCUCCGGGCGCCUCCUUCCCUCCCUCAUUCCUCUUCGCCAUCACCCACAAACUCUACAGACACAAACAAAUCAGCCUGAAGCAGAACGGAGCUUCACAUCUCCUCAGGCUGUUUUUUAAGUUGUGCAUCUCAUUCUCCUCCCUUAUUAUUUCAGUGUAGGACUGACUUUUGUUUUUGUAAUUUAACAUCACUUAAAAGAAAAAGUUUUAUGGUGUUUUUUUUUUUUAUUAUUCUUUCUUUUGCUUCCUCUCUUCUCUUAAAACAGUAUUUAAAGAUUUUUGGGCAUGUAUGAUUUAAUUUAUAGUUUUUACUGAACAAACCGCUGCUUCACAGACAGGAGUUGGGUCACGUCGAGACCAACUCAACCAUCACUAUAUUUGUUCCAUCCUCACAUUGUCACCCUCCUCAUCCCUUCCCCUCUCGCUUGCUCUGGAUUCCGGAGCCAGUGACUUUGAGUUUUCAGACUUCAGCUCAGACACGGAUGCUCGACCCAGCUCCCCACGGACGUGUCAACUCACUGAUACUACCUGGCACAGCAGCCGGUGCCCACGGACACAAAAUGGCGCCUGGACGUGUGCCUCCUCUCCGUGUUUCUGUACCUUCAGCCCGGAUGCUCAAGUACCAGCGAAUGCAGGAAACUGCAUGGACAUUUCAAAAACGUUUUUUUGGGGUCCUUAAAAAACAAAGAAAGAAAAAUAUAACGUGUUAAAAUAUCAAAUCUAUAUUGAGGAGAAAAACCUUUACUGUACACAAAAAGACAUUAAGCAGAUGUUGUAAUAAAAAUAUGCCAGUAGUGACACUGAACUUGAAAUGAGUGUUUUGAGAGUGAUGCCCACGAGGUAAAAAGCGCUCAGACUGUCUGGCCUGGGCCCCAGCUGCCCCACACUCAGACCAACUUCCUCUUCACUCAGCUUGGCAGCACCUGGACUCUCCUGUUGUAGACCAAACAGUCUGUCGGUUGAGCCACCAGCUGCCCAGUGUCUCCUCUAACACCCCCCCCACAGCUCCCCACUCACUAGAGACCUCACACCUUCCAUCGCUGUGUGCUGGAGCCAUUGCCCUCUGCUGGGACACUCCUCAACACUGUGGUUUUCACCCACUUUGGCCUAGACAGGAAACACUGUGCUCUUUUCAGGCUUGGCAUGAACAAGCUCACGAGCGGUGUUAUGCACUUAAUGUGCUCUCCUCCUCCAGAGUCUCCUGGGAAAGGAAUGCGUCUGGACACGGGGGCAGGGUGAGCCGCCGAAGCUUUUAUAAGACAGAAGAAAGGCAAAGUCUCACAUGUGCAGUAGCUGCGCUGUGCUACAAUAAUACAUACGACAUCCCCACAUGCGUGCACACUCAAGUGUGUUAGGGCAGUGCAGGCAUUCAGGCGAAACAAUGGUCCCAGCGUUCCCAGCAGAUGAUCAAAGCUCCAGCGUGCCCCUGUUCCCUGGGCUUCCUCUGGUUUUUCAAUCAUUGGACUUCAUUGUUAGCAGACGGUUUUAUCCCCACCCUGUUUGUCAGAAUGUGGGUCGCAGGUGAAAGCAGUUAGUCCAGGAUGGUUUGGGCCCUGCUUCACGUUAAUCUGCCUGGCUGAACAAACAGCACCGGGAAGGGAGGGGAGGCUUGAGGGGAGCGCUCGGGGGGGACUGGUGCGCUCUCCCCCUCGGCAGGCUGGGUGGCCCGGACGCCAGGGGUACAGAGGGAGCCCGUUUUUUUUUGUUCUGUGCCGCCAGAAUGGGGGCAGCUGUUGUUGUCUGGGGGCCUCUGCCCAACCUCGGGUGAGACUGUACAGGAUCCCCCAUCUCUCAACGCGACUUCCCUCCUCUCCCACUGAACCGCCAUCCCUCACUCACUCUCACCUACCCGUCCAUCCGUCUCCAGUGCCAGAUCAGCUGGGGGUGUGCAGUGUUUUGUAGAAGCCCAGGGGAGCGAGCAGACAUCCAGCCAGAGGAAGAGAGGACUUUUAUUGUGUCAGUUGCCAGGCAAAAGCGCUUUUUAUUGCCACUGAGGAAAUCCCUGUAAGCGAGUGUGUGUGUGUGUGUGUGUGUGUGUGUGUGUGUGUGUGUGUGUGUGUGUGUGUGUGUGUGUGUGUGUGUGUGUGUGUGUGUGUGUGUGUGUGUGUGUGUGUGUGUGUGUGUGUGUGUGUGUGUGUGUGUGUGUGUGUGUGUGUGUGUGUGUGUGUGUGUGUGUGUGUGUGUGUGUGUGUGUGUGUGUAAAUAAUUGUUUAAAAAGAGAAGGGGAUCAGCCUCGGCUAAACUCUGAGCUUUUUUAUGCAUCUGCUCUAAAUGCAAAUUGAUAGACAUUCCACUGUGCCCCAUCCUGUUCAAUGCAGAUUUUCUUACACAGCUUCCCUUUACAAUAACAGAUCUUAAAGACUGGGCCGGGUGCAGUUGUGGUUUGUUGAUGGUCACAAGUGCAGGUGCAGGUGCAAGCCAGUUAAAUCGAAACCCAUGCCACAGAUGUACACUCUACUGUUGUUCCAUUUAAACCUUUAUUGAAAUUAUGAAAGAAAAUAUUUAACGUAUUAACUAAAGAUUUAUAUUCACUUUGUAAAUACUGUAGUCAUUAAUAUAUUAACUGUUCUUAUAAGAAUAAUCUUCAAAAGGUUAUAUAUAAAUUGGACCAGAACUUAGGCUCCAGACGGCCUAAAUGUUUUUGCUUUCUUUUUUAAAAAAGUGAUCUUUGCAGAUAACUGAAUUGACUUUGAUCGGGUGGAUGUGGGGGAGAGACACGCAUGGUUUACUGAGACAUGACGCAGGACAAAGGCUUAAUAGGAAAAAUGAUACUUUGUUACACACGUUCCCCCUUUGCUGAAAACUGAUGCAUUUGUUUGUUGUGGAUUUCACCUUUGACGGACUUUUGAACUUGUAAUGUAACAAGCUUUUUUAUCCUCUUUGUCAAAAAAACUGCCCCCUGAGCUAAAUUCAAACUAUUUGUUUACGAAAAAUCAUUUUUUGGGAAAAGAAAAGAAAAUUCUAAUGUUUUUAUUUUUUUUGCAUGUUUGCUUCCCCUUAUGUUUAGUGUCACUAGGCCUCUCUAUCAAUCAGUUUAUUGUGAAAAAAAAAAAAUCCCCCAAUGUUAGACACAAAAUAUUGAGAUGGCUCAUAUGCAUGAACAUUGAAUAUGUGCAAGUUUUGUCAUUAUUGAUUCCAGAGGCUAAUAUAAAGUCAGAGUCAGAUUAUGAAAAACAAGUAAUGUAGCCUAAUUCGGAAAUAUUACACUGUGUGUGUGUGUGUGUGCGCGCUUGUGUGUGCGUUUGAGAGUGAGAGAUGAGCUCCCACGUCUGACUGAAACACGGCAGCUUUGAAAGGGAAAGAGAGAAACUUGCUCCUGUAGCUCUGGAUGUGUUAUUUUUUUUCUGAUUUGAGAUCAUAUAUCCUCGUCUGUAAAGAUGAUCAGUAUUAGUUUUUUUCUUUUUGACUUAAUUACCUCUUCUGCAGAACAAUGAAAAAAAAAAAAAAAGAAUCAUUUGAGUUCAUCACGUUUGCAAAUACCUAAUAUGUAGUUUUUCUUUCUGUGUAAUUAGCAUUUUAUACACAAGGGGGCGAUGUUUAUCUUUCUCUAAUUGUGCUCUGUAAUGAGAAAAGGACUAAGUAAGCAUGGAGAGAGAGAGAGAGUCUCCUGUAACAUGGCGUCCUGGGCCUUUUUGCAUUUUGCAGUGUUAAGAGAACUUGGAUUCAGCUUUGUACAGAAUUUUUACAGGUGUGAAUUUUUGCCCAACCAAGUAAAAAAGGAGGAAGACAGAGCCAGGCUUUACCACAAAAACAUAUUUUAAUACAAACACUGGUGAACAGAUCCACGGUUGAACUGUUGUAGGUGGUUUGCUUUGUAGUUGGGUGUUUAAUUUUCAGCCAGUAGUUAUUCUGUGCCGCUGUGGGAGGAGUCUGAAGUGCAGGGCCGCGUUGUUGAUUGGUCGCACAGAUCACUGGCUACGAAGAAUAUUAUGAUUUCAUGUCCACACAUCCUGUUAUAGAUAUUAAAAAAAAAUAUUUAUGGCUUUGCUAAAUAAGAUCCCUCUUCCCCCCUCGAUGCUGUUCUUAAAAAUGAAUCGCAGUGUCCGUGUAUGACCAUUGCAUACGUUGCCAAUACUACAGUGUGAUGAGACUUUUGUUCUUGCAUGAAUCGAGACACUGUUCUCCUACCUCAUGUUGUGAUAUAAAAAGAUGUUUUUUAAGCAGAAGACACUGCAUCUCUAACUGUUUAUCAUCAUUGAUACUUACUAUUAAAUGACAUACCUGUAAAUGCUUUAGCUAAUACCUCAGUUGUAUCUAGUGUUUGUUUUUUUCCGUUUUUGCCCUUCCCUGAUUUCAGAUCUUGUAAAUAUGCCCUGUAUAGACAAUGAACUUGGAUCAAAUUCAAGUAAAGUUCUGUAGUGUCGAA